AUGGAGGAGGAUAUAUGGAGGAGGAGGUACAGAGGAGAUAUGAAGGAGAAGAUAUGGAGGAGGUACGGAGGAGAAGAUAUGGAGGAGGUACGGAGAAGUUAUGGAGGAGGUAUGGAGGAGGAGCGAGGGCCCCUUAUCCCUGCUUCUGACUCACCCCCCCACCACUGGGUCAGCGAGGGCCCCUUAUCCCUGCUUCUGACUCACCCCCCACCCCUGGGUCAGCGAGGGCCCCUUAUCCCUGCUUCUGACUCACCCCCACCCCUGGGUCAGCGAGGGCCCCUUAUCCCUGCUUCUGACUCACCCCCCACCCCUGGGUCAGCGAGGGCCCCUUAUCCCUGCUUCCGACUCACCCCCCACCCCUGGGACAGCGAGGGCCCCUUAUCCCUGCUUCUGACUCACCCCCCACCCCUGGGUCAGCGAGGGCCCCUUAUCCCUGCUUCUGACUCACCCCCCACCCCUGGCGAGGGCCCCUUAUCCCUGCUUCUGACUCAUCCCCCACCCCUGGGUCAGCGAGGGCCCCUUAUCCCUGCUUCUGACUCACCCCCACCCCUGGGUCAGCGAGGGCCCCUUAUCCCUGCUUCUGACUCACCCCCCCACCCCUGGGUCAGCGAGGGCCCCUUAUCCCUGCUUCUGACUCACCCCCACCCCUGGGUCAGCGAGGGCCCCUUAUCCCUGCUUCUGACUCACCCCCCACCCCUGGGUCAGCGAGGGCCCCUUAUCCCUGCUUCUGACUCACCCCCCACCCCUGGCGAGGGCCCCUUAUCCCUGCUUCUGACUCACCCCCACCCCUGGGUCAGCGAGGGCCCCUUAUCCCUGCUUCUGACUCACCCCCCACCCCUGGGUCAGCGAGGGCCCCUUAUCCCUGCUUCUGACUCACCCCCCACCCCUGGCGAGGGCCCCUUAUCCCUGCUUCUGACUCACCCCCCCACCCCUGGGUCAGCGAGGGCCCCUUAUCCCUGCUUCCGACUCACCCCCCCACCCCUGGGUCAGCGAGGGCCCCUUAUCCCUGCUUCUGACUCACCCCCCACCCCUGGGUCAGCGAGGGCCCCUUAUCCCUGCUUCUGA